UACAUACGUAUAAUGUAAAGAGAUAACGAGAGAUAUACCUAUUCUCACAACUCUCAUCAACUCUCAUCUUUUACGUCGUACCAAUAAAAAUGUCAGAUGCUUAUGAUGCCAAUUAUGAUAAGGAACAUCCAAGAAAUCUUAUUCCAGAACUGUGCAGACAGUUUUAUCAUCUUGGAUGGGUGACUGGCACAGGUGGUGGCAUAUCCAUCAAGCAUGAAGAUAAGAUCUACAUAGCUCCUUCGGGUGUACAAAAAGAGCGGAUGAUGCCUCACGAUAUGUUUGUGCAAGACAUCAAUGGAACAGAUUUAGAGUUGCCUCCAUCCGAAAAGAAAUUGAAAAAAUCACAAUGCACUCCGUUGUUUAUGUGCGCCUAUCUAAGAAGAAAUGCGGGUGCUGUGAUUCAUACACAUUCUAAGUUUGCUGUGAUGGCUACGUUAUUGUGGCCUGGGAAAGAAGUCAGACUCACUCAUCUUGAGAUGAUAAAAGGUAUAUGGAAUCAAAAAACGGGUAAAGCAUAUCGAUAUGACGAGGAGUUGGUAAUACCGAUAAUAGAAAAUACUCCAUUUGAGAGAGAUUUGAAAGAAGACUUGGACAAAACUAUCAUCGAUUAUCCUGAAACUUGCGCCGUGUUGGUACGCAGGCAUGGGAUUUAUGUGUGGGGUGAUUCUUGGCAACAGGCAAAGACUAUGACGGAAUGUUACGAUUACUUGCUCGACAUUGCGGUUCAGAUGAAACAAUUUGGGUUGAAUUCACUGGCAACUCCAAGCGAUUACGAAUUGAAGUAUCAAGAAAAUAACACGUCGAAAUAGACAGUUACUAAUUUUGAUAACAAAACUUGCCGUGCCAUAAAUUUAUAUAUAUAUAUAUUUUUAAGCUAUGUACACUGUCUGAUAUUGGAGUAAACUUUGCUUUUUAUGCAAAA